AUGCCAACACUUCAGACCUAUCAGGGAGUGUACUUGUGGAGAUAUGUUCCCAGCCUACCACUCUCGGUGAUGUUUCUCGGCCUAUUUACCAUUGUGACCUCAUUCCACUGCUGGCGACUAUACAAGACCAAGGCAUUGUUUACAAUUCCGUUCAUAGUUGGCGGCAUCUGUGAGAUAUUUGGUUAUGUCACACGAGCAGCUGCUUCUUCCAACACCGGUAGCUUGAUCCUAUACCUUCUACCGUCUAUCCUCCUGGUUGUCCCUCCCAUCGGCUUCGCCGCAACGCUCUAUAUAGUCUAUGCUCGCAUAGUUCGCGCUGUUCAUGCUGAAGACCUCUCGCCAAUUCCCAUACGAUGGGUCAGUUGGAUUUUCAUUACUGGCGAUUUCACUUGUCUCAUGAUUCAAGGCAAUGCGGCCGGGUUGUUGGGAAAUGAGGACCUCACCUUAAUUGCCGACUAUAUCAUCAUCGCCGGCCUUAUUUUGCAGAUCAUCGUGUUUACUUUCUUUAUUGUUUGUUGUGGGAUUUUCAAUAAGAGGAUGCGAGCAUAUGUAGCAGAGUCUUGCCCGGUCAUACACCUGCCCUGGCAGUCCUGUAUCAACAUGUUGUACAUGACAUCCACUACCGUCCUCGUGCGCAACAUCUACCGUGUUGUUGAAUUUGUGAUGCAGUCUGUUAACAAAGAUGGCUAUCUCGUCAUCACAGAGUGGCCUCUUUAUGUUUUCGAUGCGUCAUUGAUGUUUCUGCUCAUGGUAGCCUUUUACCUGUGGUAUCCACAUGGGCUCCAUCGUGGAGGAAGGGAUUCUUCCAUUCAUGAUUGA